AUGGAUGAGUUAACAUAUAUGUAUAAAUAUAAAAACCAGAAUGAAGAAAAAGUAAUUUAUGUUAAUAAUAUUGGAAAUUUUUUAAAAAAAAUAGAAUAUCAUGAUGAUAAUAAAAUUUGUGAAGUAUUAAAAAGGAAUGAUUUAUUGAAUGAAGAUAAUAAAUAUUUAUAUCAAGGGAAAAAUGGACUUUUAAAUUUGGAAAAAACCUUUUCACAUUAUGAAAUAAAAACUGGUGAUACUAUUUAUAUGUUACCUGAACCAGAUCCUUUGCCUUAUUUGAUUUAUUUGUUUCAUCAAGAAUCGGGAAAAGUAUAUAGCAUUGAAUUAAAUCAUAUGGAUUCGAUAGAUAUGUUACAUAAACAAGUGGAGAGAGUCUUAAAAAUUGAAGAAGAAAAUCAAAUAUUAAUAUACAAUGGAAAAUGCUUACACAAAAAAAGGACAUUGAAGGAAGAAAUGUUAACAAGAGAAAGUUUAGUUACCAUAUUGGAUAAAAGGGACAUACCUGAUAUACAAAAUGGAAAUGAAGAAUUGUAG